AAGAAAUGCGAUGGCAACGGGAGGAGAUCCGAUUCCAUUCGAAUUCAGGGUUUACAAAUGCCUCUUUCGGAAACCAUAAUCCAGAGAAUGGAUCUCGCGCCAACGGAGAUCGUUUUCUCACUUCCCCGUGUGACGGAUGAGAGUACCUUUAGCACAGAAGGCCGUUACAGCUAUCUACAAGGGCCAGUGAAAGUACCCGGGCCAUGGAAGAGAGGUCGUCCCAGGGCUGCCAAACCGAAGAAAUCGGCAUUUCAAUUUGUCAGCGUGUCUGGUGAGAGCAAGUAUAUGGACUCUGCCUCGCAAUCUACGAUCCGAAGCCAUGCCAGGAGGAUGACACCACGUCAUAAUACUCGGCGAGAUGAACACUAUAGGCCUCCUAUCAAGAAUCCGAUCGCCGGCGAAGACUCUUUUCCGCCACUGGAGGUCGCGCUCCAAGGAGGCCUAUCACAAAUUUCUGGAGUCGAUCCAUUUAAUACUUCGGUCAUCACACUAGAACCAUACAUGCAUGAUCUUUUAUCUCUUUUCUCAUCUAGAAUAUGGAGGAGUAUCUAUACUUUAGAAGAGGCAGGUGGCUGGAACCCAAUUGAAAAUUAUUGGCUUCCAUUAGCUUUCCAAGAUCCUGCUCUUCUACAUUCAUUCAUUGCGUGCGCCGACGCGUAUGUUAAUGGGUAUGUGUCUGAACAAGUGAGACCCCGAUGGUCAAAACACCUUUCAGAGGUUGUAUCUAUCAUGAAUCAGCGGCUUUCUAUGCCGACACCAGCAAUCUCUCAGCAAACUCUGGCAGUAAUUGCUGGAAUGGCGUUACUUGAGUUAAGUAAAGGAUCUGGACGACACGAGCACUGGAGAACACACAUGAAAGGCCUCAAGGUGUUAGUCAAACUUUAUGGUGGUCUUGAGACAAUGGAUUCAGAACCACUUGUUCUACACAAGAUUUAUAGGGCCGAUCUAUAUGGAUCGUUAGAUGCCGGAGAGCCACCAUUCUUUCAUGGCCCGAACGAUAUCAUAUCCACGAAAUACUCAACGAGCAAUAUACGAAGCGAAGGCUUGAAUGAAAUAUGGAAACUCUUAAGCUUUGAACCAGUACUUUCAACAUGCAUCAGGCAGCUAGAAGGGGUUGAAGGAUUUUGGCCAAGACAAAGCCAUCUUCCAAGUCAACAAAAUCUCUCUGCCACCGCACAAGGGCUAUUUCGCUCGCCUUCUGAAAUUGCUCAAGUACGACUCACUUUGACCAAUACGCAAUACAAGCUGGUUUCGGCCGCUGGUUCACCGCCAACUCACCUUGGAUCCAUGAAAAUGGCAAUCUUCGAGGUUUUAAGGAUCGCUCUAGUCAUCUACACCUUGACGGUCCUCAAAGAACGUCCAGAGUCGACUUUCAUUGGCCAGAGAAUCGCCCUUGAACUUUACAAAGCUUUGAUUGUCAUGUCCGAAGAGGCAACCGUCACGGGCGAUCUCCAGUUGUAUCAUUAUGGCACAGAGAGCACUCCUUUCAGCAAGUUGUCGAACACCUUGUCUCAAGCUUCGCCCUUGGGGUCUAUUGUGCCACCCGGCUUUAUUCUUUGGGGAAUUUUCUUCGCAUUUAUAAAUCUGCCGCCUGGAAAUGGCUCACGGGAAGUAGUUUCCAUUAAAAGAACCUUCAUCAAGAUUUUUACCCAGCUUGUUCAAGCAUCCGGGAUGGCCCAACAAGAUGUCAGGUUGCAAAUUUCGAAGUAUUUGUGGAUAGAGAAUGCCCAUGGUGCUCUAUUUGACCAUUUCUGGUCUGACAUUCAAAUACAAAAUAUCUGA